AUGGUUGCGCCGGCGGUGCCUGAAAUCAUUGAAGAUGAUGAAAUCGGACUCGCUGUUGACGCCCGCACAGAAAGUCUACCAGGACUUCGCGAAUUGGGACCUCCCGAUCUUGUUCACCUCGUCAAGCAGAGUGUCAAAGCUGGCAACAAGCAAACUGGCGUUUACCAUCAUGUCACCGGCGUCGACGCAUCCUCCUCUGCAAGCUUGGCCGCGUACGUCAAUACCUUGACAUUCAAUCCUGUCGACAGAUCGCACAAGGUGGUUUCAGGGCUCUACUGCUGCUACAAUGCUUUUUCGCAUCUAGACAUGCGGGUGGAGGUCAAAAUCCCGGGCAGCGUGGAGAGUUACUGUGUGGACGAAAGGGGGGACAGAAGAGUCGCGACAGAGAAUCUCUGGCUAGAGACAUUUCUCUGCGCGGUGUUGCGGGCAUAUUCGUAUUCAGACAAUGGCAGCGGUGACACGAUAAAGAAGAUCAUUGGCGUCAGAAGAUUCAAUCCGAUCAUUAACACCGAGUUGGAGCACCGAUUCUUCGAAGCUGCCGAGAGACUGUUUUUCAGUGGCCGUCAACUUGGCUCGGACCCGGAAAUUCAGAUCCCCAAUGUGGUCUCAAACCAUCUUACAGCAGGACUCUUGAAAUACAUACGAACAACGGGACGAUUUGCGUCAGGCAUCAAUUUGUUCGAGAAGCUACGGACAAAGGACGUGGAAGUAUCGUCGUUGCUGGCCCGGGUACUGCUGGAUGGAGACGAAGAGAUCCAAGCCGUCCGUCUGCUGCAUGAUUCAUUACAGGAUGUGCCUAUGGAUUACGCACUUCUUGACUGUCAAGCCGCCUUCUGCCAGAGCAAAGGCGAGGGCGAAAUGGCUUUGGAAUUAGCCAAGCAAGGAGUCACAGCAGCUCCCAGUGAAUUCAGCACCUGGGCUCGAUUGGCAGAGGUUUAUGUUGACCUAGAGCAGUGGGAUCUGGCUCUGCUUACCUUGAACUCCUGCCCCAUGUUCUCAUACCAGGAUAAGGAUUCACCUAGGAUGCCUGAACCAAGUCGCGUGCUCCUGCCGAUCUUACCAGAGAGCGCACUAGACGAGAUCGACGAGGGACAGCCCAGGCAAGGAGAGCCAUAUGAUCAAGUUCAUGUUUCGUUACGAAAACUGCAGGCAGCCACGUAUCAGGGGACCUUUUUGAAGGCAUACAGCUUGCUAACACGAAUCGCUGCAGCUAUCGGAUGGGACACAUUACUGAAGACGCGCAGUCAGGUCUUUGUGAUGGAAGAAGAGUACCGGUCCGAAAAGCAGCACCAGGUGACUCCGAAGAUACCCACUAGCAAGAAUGCUAGCACAAUCGCCCUGUCCGGGACACCGAAUGGCUACUCGAAAAGAAAGGAAAAUGGAGCAGAUGAAGACGACGAAUCGGACGACGCCUCUGAUGUAGAAGAGCCAAAGAAGCUCGACGAGGAGAAGAUUCUUGAUGAAUCUUCCUCUACUGCGCCCACUCUAAACGGCGGCGUUGACGGAAAAAACGAGAACGCAGAGAUCAAGGCGCACCGAUCAAUGGAGAAACCAGUGCCGACGAUUGCAGCGGAGGAAGUCAAGUCGGGCAGUGAUGAGCCAGACACGUCUCAUACACAUUAUCCACAAUUCCAGAACAAACGCCUGUGUGAGAGGUGGCUCGACAAUCUCUUCAUGGUGCUGUAUGAAGACCUCCGGAUCUACACGAUAUGGCGAACGGAAAUGGGACAAUACCGCCAACAACAAAUGCAGUACAAGAAAUCAGCAGCGGAGUGGGAGAUCCUGGGAGACCUUGCUGAGCGGCUGCAUCAUACAAACGAGGCAUUGGAAGCAUAUCAGCAAUGUUUGAACAUCCGGUUCUCACCCAAGGCUAUGAGAGGUAUCCUGCGAAUGUACGAGAAGAAAGGUGACACGAGGAACAUACUGGCAUGCCUAAUUCGACUGACCACCUGGCAAUACCGGUGGUACUCAGAGUUUUCGCCCGAACUCUUCUACUCGAUACGGAAGCUCAUUGAGGAGGAAGGGGCUGUCAAGAUCCGCUCCAUCGUACAAAGCACCAACCUCCCACAACAUGUCCUAGAUCUGACUCACGAAUAUUGUCGCUUGUGUGUCACUUUUAGGAGCAGUGGCACGGAUGGAUGA